UUUUGCCACUCUCUGCUACUUUCCUGCCCCUCAUGCCUUCACUACCAUCUCUUCGGCUUAUCACACCAGAGGCGUUUAAAGCCUGACAGACCAAGCUCAAUAGUCGAGCCUCAGCUUAAUUUUGACCUAAAAGUUUUAAAAUUUGUAGCUGAAUGUCAAGAAAUUUAGGAAUUUUUAAGCUAUUGGCUGUACAGAGUCUAGGCGAGGCUCUAUAGGAAGAAUGGGAAUUUUAGGAUGUCUGGAAGAAGCAUGCAGGCUCACCACAGCCUGCAAAGGUCAAAAUUGACCUCCUCAAGAGGUCAGAAUCUGAGCCAACCUCAAGCCCACCAAAGCCAACAGAUCCUUCUUCAAAAUCCCAUGAAGAAGAAAUACUAACUCUAAAGAAAUAACUACGAGCAGACGAUAAAGAAACUAGAGACUAAACUCACUCGUUCUAAAGAGAUUUUCAAUGAGAAAAUGUACAUAAAAGAUAGAAAAAUCAGUGAAUUAGAGAACUCAGAUUCCCUUUCUGCCACUGGGAGUCUCAAGGAUGCAGAUAUUGCAGCUAUUUCUGAUAAGAUCCGGUCUGAGUACAUCCAUGCAAUAGAGACUUUAGAGACCAACCUCAGCAACCUUCGUGUGAAAUACCAAUCUGAAGUUGAUGGAAGGAAAGAAGACUUUCUUAAGCAUAAAGAAGAAACUCGAGACUUGAAAAGAAAGAUACAGGUGCUCAAGGAAUCAACAGAUCCUGACAAAGUGAAGGAUACAGAGUUAAAGGACCAACUCUUAGCCGUUAAAGCACAAAAACUUCAGCUUGAAGAAGAGAAAGAGCUGCUGAAUUCCAUAGUGGCUAGUACAAAAGCAGCAUGGGCUCAAAGUGAGCUGGAAAAAGAGGAAAUUCAAAUGAAAUAUUCUAAGAAGGAAGAAGAGGUGAACCUCUAUAGAGACAAAAUAGCUGAACUUGAGUUACAAGUCAUGAGAGGCAAACAAGAUCUUGAAGAUCUAAUGGAAACAAUGGAGGGAUAACAUCUUUCCUUAAUAAAAACCCACCAUCCAAUUUAA